AUGCGGUGUUACAGUACAUCGUGUACAAUACCAACCAGCGGCGGAUUUCCUAACGUCUUUGCCUCUGCUGUGCAGUUUUUUGCAGCGAGUCAGUGCUUAAUUCCGGAAGAAGCUUUGAAGAAUUCUAAAGUUAAAAACAAAGCAUAUUUUGAUUUUAUAAUAGUAGGAGCGGGGUCGGCAGGAAGUGUUUUGGCAAAUAGAUUGAGUGAAAUAAAGGAAUGGAAUAUUUUACUUUUGGAAGCUGGAGGUGAUCCGCCUAUUGAAGCCAGUGUUCCAGAAUUAUAUAGAGAUCUAGUCGGAACUUGUGCCAUGGGAAGUAAUAUAAGAGUUUCAGUAGUGGAUAGCAGGCUAAGAGUACAUGGUGUUGGAAAUCUCCGAGUUAUUGAUGCAAGUAUAAUGCCUACUAUUGUAGGUGCUAACACAAAUGGACCAGCAAUGAUGAUCGGUGAAAGAGGUGCAGAGUUAUUAAAGGAAGACUACAAAAAGUAA